AUGCAGAUCCUCUUCACCAGCAUCCUCCUUUCGCCUUCCUUCCUCGGCAACGGCUUCGAUGAGCAAGUCGAAGGGGCUCGGAUCUGGCGCCGGAGCUCUGCGCACGAUGCGAAGAACAUGGACCUGGCACAGAGGAGCCUGGCUACGCGCGUCUGCCACGAAGACGACUCCCUGAUCUUCUCCACGGGUCAGGCUGCGCUGGUGGGCGAGAUCAACAGCUUCCUGGGCCUCAGCACGCUGCAGUUCGAGGACUCCACUUUCGAGCCUGGGGUUCUGCUGGCAGUGCUUUGCAUCUUGCUGUGGAACUUGUGCAUCUACCGCGAGUUCCGCAGCAUCUGGUUCGUUUUGCAGGGCGUCUUCCUAAGUUCAGGAGCUUCAGAACGGCCUCUUUCUGGCCGACGUGCCGCAGCCAUGGCCUUCGUGUGUUUAGGCCGCGCAGCCAUUGGUGGUUCACUGCUCGUGGCAGGCAGCCUCUGGUUGGCCGGCACGACGUCCAUCACCGAACUCAUGUUGAACUCAGUGGCGCUCGAGGCCGUGUUGCACGUGGACGAGUUCAUCUUCUCCGGGCUUCUGCCGACCAGGCUGCAGCAGCAGAUUCAGGAGCUCCCUCCCGUGCAGGUGAGGCGCGCACGCCGCUGUCACCGUGCUGAGAACCUGGUGCUUGCAUCCCUCUUGGCUGCAUCGCUGCUGCUGCCUUACGCGCUCCUGCUGCGGCCCUUGUCGCAGCAGAUGCUGCUCGCGAAGCGGGAGCUCUGCUUCGGCGACUUGGACUUCGUCACCUCCGUCAACGACGGCCUGUCCCUGGGGUUCGUUACACGUAAAAUGGAGGACCAGGCCAACCAAACCAUCAGUGAGAUUGUGGCGGUGGACUUGGCCUUCCGGAACAAAUCUGAUCCUGACAGGGAGCGUCUUGUGUGGUUGUCGCAGGUCCCUUGUAUGAUUCCUUUGUGGGGCAGCCCGAAAGAAGCCACUCUGGAUGAGUUCGCAAGGGAGACUUCCUCCUGUUACUCGGCGGAUGAUGAUGCCGACUACUCAUCAGGCCUACUUCUCCCGGCCUUUCUGCGGAUGGCAGCAUUCCAGCUCGAACAAGAGAACGUGACGAGCUGUCAGGACAUGGAGCAGUUCUGUGACACGGUGACAGAGGCGGGGACUCUGCUGCGUAUGGCGUGCCCGAGAGUAUGUGGCUGCACGGAUCCCCUGGCGUCGCCUCUGCUGCGCGUGAAGAGGUGGGGCUGCUUCCAAGUCUGCAUCCAGGAGGCCUAUGGCUUCAGCCUGAACCCGGGUAACCCGCACUACUACGUGCCCCCGAGCUCCCCGCUGGCCUGCCGGGACGCAGCACCCGGACCCGGCUGGGUGAAGUUCUGGGAUGGGUACUUGGAAGCUGCUUCGAUCUAUGGGGGCUUCGACUACACUGGCCGCGCUGGCCUCAAUCCGGGGCUGGAGCUUUUCAUCGGCUGGGUGAAUUGGGCGAAGGUCGCCGGCUGCCCGGCUUUGCUGGCCAAUCCUGUAGAUGUGUUUAACAUCGAGUGGUGCAGGGGAAAUCCAGCUCUUUUCCGGCCUUUGGCCUGGUUUUGUCCAGAGACCUGUGGCUGUUCUUCUUCGGGCAAUCUCGAACGAGAUCGCUUCUGUUUUGGCUACGACCACUGCCCUGUGCAUGUAGCGCCGAACGACACCGUAGCAUUUUGGGGGAUGGCUGGCAAGUACGACUUUACCAAAAUCUUGGUCGUGCAUUGA